AUGGCGCCCACCAAGCCAAGCUUUCAGCAGGAUCCUUCCAGGCGAGAACGUUUACAAGCCUUGAGGAAGGAAAAGUCCCGAGAUGCUGCUCGCUCUCGUCGGGGAAAGGAGAAUUUUGAAUUCUAUGAGUUGGCAAAGUUGUUGCCACUGCCUGCAGCCAUUACCAGCCAGCUUGACAAGGCAUCCAUCAUUCGACUUACAAUUAGCUAUUUGAAAAUGAGGGACUUUGCUAAUCAAGGCGAUCCUCCAUGGAACUUGAGAAUGGAAGGACCUCCACCUAACACAUCAGUAAAAGGGAUUCAAAUGUGGAAAUCUGAGGUCUGCAUGAGAAAGACACCAUGUGAAGUUAUAGGUGCCCAGCGCAGGAGAAGUCCCAGUGCCCUUGCCAUUGAAGUAUUUGAAUCACAUUUGGGAAGUCAUAUUUUACAGUCCCUGGAUGGAUUUGUAUUUGCACUAAAUCAAGAAGGAAAAUUUUUGUACAUUUCAGAAACUGUCUCCAUCUAUUUAGGCCUGUCCCAAGUGGAACUGACAGGCAGCAGUGUGUUUGACUACGUCCACCCAGGAGACCAUGUGGAGAUGGCAGAGCAGCUGGGCAUGAAGCUUCCCCCGGGGCGAGGCCUUCUCUCGCAGGGUACAGCAGAGGAUGGAGCCAGCUCAGCAUCCUCAUCUUCCCAGUCCGAGACCCCUGAGCCAGUGGAAUCUACAAGCCCCAGUUUACUAACCACUGACAACACUCUAGAGCGCUCUUUUUUCAUCCGAAUGAAAUCUACGCUGACCAAGCGAGGAGUGCACAUCAAAUCGUCGGGAUACAAGGUGAUUCAUAUAACAGGCCGGUUACGUCUGAGAGUGUCUCUGUCCCACGGACGGACAGUACCCAGCCAAAUCAUGGGACUUGUUGUCGUUGCUCAUGCUUUGCCACCUCCUACAAUUAAUGAAGUCAGGAUUGACUGCCACAUGUUUGUCACUCGCGUGAAUAUGGACCUCAAUAUCAUUUACUGUGAAAAUAGGAUUAGUGAUUACAUGGAUCUGACCCCUGUAGAUAUUGUAGGAAAGAGAUGUUACCACUUUAUUCAUGCUGAAGAUGUGGAAGGCAUCAGACAUAGUCACUUAGACUUGCUGAAUAAGGGUCAAUGUGUAACAAAGUAUUACCGCUGGAUGCAGAAGAACGGAGGUUACAUCUGGAUACAGUCUAGUGCAACCAUAGCUGUCAAUGCCAAGAAUGCAAGUGAGAAGAACAUCAUCUGGGUCAAUUACCUUCUUAGUAACCCAGAGUACAAGGACACUCCAAUGGAUAUUGCGCAACUUCCUCAUCUGCCAGAGAAAACCUCAGAAUCCUCGGAGACCUCUGACUCUGAGUCGGACUCAAAGGACAACUCAGGUAACACACAUGAGGACAAUGAGAACUCAAAGUCUGAUGAGAAAGGAAACCAGUCAGAAAACAGUGAAGACCCUGAAUCUGACAGGAAAAAGUCAGGAAAUCAGUCGGAUAAUGAAAUGAACUGUAAUGAUGAUGGGAACAGCUCCAGCAACCAGGACAGCAGGGACAGUGAUGAUAGCUUUGAAAACUCUGACUUCGAGAAUCAGAAGGCCCCUGAGGACAGUUUUGGCACUCUUGGCUCUAUGCAGAUCAAGGUGGAGCGCUAUGUUGAGAGUGAGUCAGACUUGCGGUUGCAGAACUGUGAAUCACUGACCUCAGACAGUGCCAAGGACUCAGACAGUGCAGGGGAAGUAAAUGCUCAGUCUUCCAGCAAACAUCAAAAGAGGAAGAAGAGGAGAAAAAAGCAAAAGGGAGGCAGCAUGAUCCGGAGAAGGCUGUCAAGCACCUCAAGUCCAAACGGACUUGACUCAGCUUUGGUGGACCAGCCGCAGCUGCUCUCGUCACCAAACAGUGCCUCAGUGCUCAAAAUUAAAACAGAAAUCUCAGAACCUAUCAAUUUUGAUAAUGAUAGCAGUAUUUGGAAUUACCCACCUAACAGGGAAAUCUCAAGGAACGAAUCACCUUACAGUAUGACCAAGCCCCCCAGCUCCGAGCACUUCCCUUCCCCACAAGCCAGCAGUAGUUUACAUGUCUCCAUUCCAGACUCCGUUCUCACCCCGCCAGGGACUGAAAAUACUGCCAGCCGCAAAACUCAGUUCAGCACCUCAUCCAGCUCAGCCUUGGCUCCUGUCUCCUCUGACCCUUUGUCACCCCCGCUUUCAGCAUCUCCACGGGACAAACAUCCAGGAGGUCCCACAGCGUCCAACUCUUUGUUGUACACUGGGGAUCUGGAAGCCCUUCAGAGGUUACAAGCAGGCAAUGUGGUGCUUCCUUUGGUUCACAGGGUAACGGGAACCCUUGCUGCGACCAGCACUGCUGCUCAGAGGGUCUACACCACUGGCACUAUUCGGUAUGCUCCAGCUGAAGUUACUUUAGCCAUGCAGGGCAACCUUCUCCCCAACACCCACGCUGUUAACUUUGUUGAUGUUAACAGCCCCAGCUUUGGGCUGGAUCCUAAAACACCGAUGGAGAUGCUCUACCACCACGUGCACCGACUCAACAUGUCGGGACCGUUUGGAAGUGCUGUGAGCGGGGCCAGCCUGACCCAAAUGCCUGCAGGGAAUGUGUUCACGACUGCCGAAGGACUGUUUUCCACUCUUCCAUUUCCUGUGUACAGCAAUGGCAUUCACACUACACAGACUCUGGAACGGAAAGAGGAUUGA